AUGGCGGGGCUGCCUAGCUUCCCAAAUCCGAAUCAGAUCUUGGAGCCUCUAUCCCAGUCCAUUGAAAGGGAGCUGCGCAUGCAGCUUCCGCGGCUGCAGGUAAAGGGGGCCAAAACCGCCUGCUCACCAAUCCAGGAAGUAGAGCCCAGUACAGAAAAGGAAGCCAUUCAACGUCCCGAGGUGGAGGCCUCACGACGCGAACAAUCACCGGAUCAGGUUAUCUUCAAGGAGAAAUUUUUUGUGUCUUCUAGCAAGAUAACUGUUUCCGUCUCUAGUAAUGUGUCCCACCAAAUGGAUAUAGCGGAGCUCCCAGAGAUGGUCUAUGAGCUCGACGGUGGCGCCCCGGAAUCCCAAAGGAAGCCUACGAUCUCAGAUUAUCUGCCUACCUUACACAUGCCUGGGGACCUCCCUGACAAGGUUGUCCUUGCCUUUUUACGCCAAGUUUGCUCGCUUGACGAUCUUUUUCGUCUUGCAGUCGUUUCUAGACAGUUCUAUCGUGUUUUUAAAGAGCAUGAAUUAGAUCUUAUCAAAGGCGCUGUCUUCACAAUGUCCCCUCCUGCAUGGGAGCUGCGCGAAAUGAGCCCGCCAUGGAGUACCGAAUGGCAGAUUCUAGUGGACCCCGACACCCCAGUCCCAGAAUACACCCCUUCUCUAUACCUUCAACGCUAUGCUCAAGACAUCUAUACGCUUGCUCAGCUCAAAUUGCUCAUUUUAACUCGAUGCGAGACGUUUCUGCGUCAGGAGACGAUUCGCGGUCUUGCAGGCAAGGACGAUGCCUGCGCUAAGGAGAUUGAUGAUGCCCUUUGGAGAAUCUGGACGUUUUGCCGUAUUUUUGGUAGCGGGAAGAGUCGAGAGGGUGAUGUUGUUGGUCAGGUGGACUGGCUGAAUGGGGGUGCUAUGGCUGUGAGCGAUCGCAAACACGGGGCUACGGCGUCGGUUACCGAGCCAUUUGGCAUGUAUGAUAUUCUGUUCGAACCUCCGACAGGGUUUGGGCAUGGGAACAAAGGCGGAUUAUCAAACGAUCAACUGUACUAUAUGAUUGAGAUGUGGACCUGCUUGGGCGUGCUGCUUCAGCCAAUUCAUGGCAGAUGCAAAGAAGCACGUGAAGCAGGCAUAUUCGCCGGUCAUCAAGUAACGGAACAUGACAAUGUUAGGGCGGCAGCUAUGUUAGAGGAAUGGACAUACUAUGUCCUCACACUUGGUCCUUCAGCAGUUCUGAAUAUGGCCUCGGUCGGCCCCGGAGGUUGCGCCGCAACCUUGAGAAGAGCCCAGUCUAUCGGUUUGACCAAGUGGGAGUAUUCCGAGUCUGGAGUUAGCCGCUCGUCCUUUCUCAAAGAAGCGGUUUCGAAAGCAUAUAAGUCACGGUGUGAGAGUCCGUGUCAAUGGUCUCCACGAACGUCAGAGGACGGUUCAUCUUCUUCUAGCGAUACCAGCACCCCGUCGAGUGCCAAUUCAAGAGCAACCCAGAUUCAACUAGAGAAUGAACGUCGGAGACAGGCAGCCUACGCUGACCAGUUACGAAACCAACGGAGACGGCCACCGAACGCAGGCCCCCACUCGUUUUCAGACGAACGCCCCAUCUCGAAAUACUCAUUUAUUAUGAGCCGCCUUGAAGGUGUCCCAUACGAGCAACGUCCGCCAAUGCCUACACCGCCAACGAUGACCUCUUACGGUGCUUAUUGUGGUCCGCCGACCAGCCAAUAUCCAGUCAAGUCCCGACCGCCGCAGCUUGCCACGCACCCACAACCGCAGGUCCGCGAUCCUGUAGAUCAGGCUAUCGACAUGAUGGUCCGCGAACUGGGUUUCCAAGAACAAGACGCCAAAUGGGCGCUGAAAGUCACAGAUAGCGGAGAAGGGAUCAACGUGAAUGCUGCAGUAUCUCUACUUAUCAGGGAGCACCAGAAUUACCAACGCAACAACAAUGUUGUUUCUAUGCGAGCAUAUCGCAGCAACAGUCUCUUAUCUUCGGUCAUCGCUAGCCCAGAAUCCAUGAGUUCUGUCUGGAGAUGGGCCUGA